CUAAAAUACUUUUUUAUUUCCUUCAAUUUUUUUCAUUCAUUCCUCUUCCCUUGUUCUGAACCCUAAUUUUCGAUACUCCACGGCCAAUGCAUCAGAACUCUCCACUAUUGAAUUUGGCCUCACCACCGUCAUUUCUCACCCUAAUUCUUCCGCAACUAUACCGUAGGACACGCUUCAAUCCCCUCAUAUUUUCAUUUUUUUCUUCUUGUUCCUCGAAUAUGUAUGAUGCGAAGAUCUCCACAGUUCAGAUGCACCUGUUUCACGGUAUGACUUUUCUGAAACGAAGCUCUCAAGUGCGAGUGGGAGUAAGAGGAGGGAAGGGAAAACUCUGGAGGUGUUAUGGUUUCGAAACAAUGGUGAGUGUAAAGAUGGAUGAUAAAAGAAAAUCAGAAAUUGAGGGUGAGUGGGGGUGGCUGGUGGGGCCUAAUGAUGUUGUGAUUUCUUAUCUUUUUGGCCGUCCAAUCCUUUCAAUUCAUAAUUGGUUUGAAGGAGACUUUGUUGGAAGACUAUGAUCAGAGCAACAGACAAAUGUAGCGUCCUUGCUGGCACGCCUCUAACCACGCACUUGAUGGCCCACUGUGUCAUUUUUCCGGUGAGUUGCACCUUCAUGAGUUGGUGGUGCGCCGCCGAAUGAGGAGCUCCGGAAAGUGGGGUCUCGCGGUGGCCAUGGUGAAGGAGUUUGAGAAGCAGUGUGGGACCCCAAUUGCGAAGCUGAGACAGGUGGCUGAUGCCAUGGACGUUGAGAUGCACGCGGGUCUUGCUUCUGAAGGUGGCAGCAAGCUCAAGAUGUUGAUUACCUUCGUCGAUAAUCUCCCUUCUGGAGAUGAGAAAGGACUCUUUUAUGCGUUAGACCUUGGUGGCACAAACUUCAGAACACUUCGUGUGCAAUUAGGUGGGAAAGAGAAAGGUGUUGUGAACCUAGAGUCUGAAGAAGUUUCCAUUCCUCCUCAUUUGAUGACUAGUUCCUCACAUGAACUGUUUGAUUUCAUCGCUGAUAAACUUGCAAAGUUUGUUAGUUCUGAGCCUGAAGAGUUUCACCCUGCCCCUGGUAAACAAAGGGAACUGGGUUUUACCUUCUCUUUUCCAGUGAGACAAACAUCAAUUUCAUCUGGGACUCUAAUAAAGUGGACCAAGGGUUUCAAUAUUGAGGAUGCGGUUGGAGAAGAUGUGGUGGGUGAAUUAACCAAAGCCUUCGAGAAAAUGGAAGUUUACUAAAUCUUAUUUAGCUAUUAUCUGGUACAAGUUUACUUUGACAUAUAUUAGUGACAAAGCAAUAUUCACAAGUCAUGCAGAAAUUUCAGUCUUGAUUUUUAUUGGCUGAGAUAGACUAUUGAUUAGGCAUUGAAAAUGUUGAAUCACGGUUACCAAAGUUUACUGCGACGCAAGCCAGGUUACUAAUUUGGUUCAUUUGACUUUAUUGGCCUUUCUUUAGUCAUUUUUGAAUGUACGUGGGAUUUAUGGGA